CCACAGCCGGCCAACCCUACGCUUUCCGCCAAUGUCGCGCCUCCUGCGUCAACGAGCGCACAACCAGCGCCACAAGCGAGCAAUGCACUGAGCGCGGCAGACACGCGGCAACCGCGACCGCAGAAGAUCAAAGUCCGCGAUCUGCAGCACAUCCAAAGCUUCGCGAGUGAGGACAUGAGCGCCUUCUCCGAGAUUAAGAGCCGAAGCCGGUCGCAUUCGCGAGGACCGGAGGAUGACGGCCCGCAAUACGAGAUUAGUGAGAUGAAGGUCGAGCACAUCAUUGAAAUGGUGGCCGGCCUUCUCACGAAGAUUACCACGACGAACGAUCAGCAGCAUGAGCACCUGCACCGCCAACCAGCGCAUUUAGAGCAAGCAUCACACUUGACUCCACAAACGAGCAGCGUGCUCGCAUUCCAUGGGAAGAAUGUGCCCAGCAUCACCAUCUUGAGCUAUCUCACCCGCAUCAAUAAGUACUGCCCCACUAGUUAUGAGGUGUUCUUGAGCCUGUUGGUGUACUUCGACCGCAUGACGGAGAGGGUGAACGCGGGUCCCAUGCAAGGUCUGCGGGACGUAAACCAGCAAAUGUAUGACCACAACCGAAAUGCAAGCCGGGCAAGCAGCUCCAGUGACUCUCAAGGUACGGAUCCCAUGGAGGGCGUGACAGCGACUACACCGCAGGGCACGCAGACAGCUACACCUCCAGCGUCCGGCUCGAUGGAGAAGGGCGACCAGCAGGGUGUGCCUGGAACGCCGCACAGUCGGCCUCAUCAGAUGGAGUCCCCCUCCAUACCGCAGGCACCGGCAUCGACGGAAGCGUACAAUCUCUCACACUUCUUUGUCGUAGACAGCUUCAACAUACAUCGUCUGGUCAUUGCAGGCGUGACGUGCGCCAGCAAGUUCUUCUCCGACAUCUUCUACACCAAUUCGCGCUACGCGAAGGUCGGUGGCUUACCGCUGCAAGAGCUCAAUCACCUUGAACUACAGUUUCUGCUUCUGAACGACUUCCGCCUUUCGAUUCCAGUCGAAGAGAUCGAAGCGUAUGGGACUAUGCUGGUCGAGUUCUAUGCGCGGGAAGUCGUGGCCCAG